AUGCUCGGUAUCAAACCCACGGUGCUAGCCUUCAUUUCCGUGGCAUCUGCACACUCAUGGCUACACUGCACCGACCACAACAACACCGGAAUCCGGCCAGAGAUGGAAAAGGCUGCAGCGGAGACGCCGUAUCGCCAGAUAGAUCCACUCAUGCCCUGGUUUGCCGACCUUUGCCACGGCUGGCCCCGUGCAAAGCAGAACCCCGGAGAUUGGGUUGAUGAAUCUAGCCACUAUAUCUGGGAUCUCAGUCUCGCCGCUAGUAAAGGCGAUACCCAUGCAUGUCACCCCAGUCAACGUACUCCAACUUACCACCUCACGCCCAAAGACCCCAAACUCGCCUUCCAUUCCGCCCCCGCACCCAUGGCUACUGCAGCUGCAGGUAGUGAGUUAAAGCUCAUGUUCGGCGGCAAUGGUCAUUCCCGUGGACAAAACGCUGGCGGGAACGGGGAUGCAGGACGGGUGAGUGUAUACUGGAAGGGUGAGGCUGAAGCCGAUAUUAUAAACGUGAGCGAGUUUACCGAAGAGUAUAAAGUGCAAGAAAAUGGAUUUGCCGAGGAGAGCUUUGCAUGGCCGUUGGAUAAGACUGUUGUAGCCCCACCUGCUCUGAAGGAUAAAGGUAACUGGAUGACAUUGAAGCUGUGA